AUGUUAUAUGGGACAUCAAUGGGUCUAACAGACGACGGAUAUCCAAUCUGUUUUCUUAGGCAAAUUGACAUUCAUUUAGCUCCGACGAGACCUGGCGAUGGGAUUUGUGUGAAUGCUCAAUGGGCUCAAACUGGUGUCACGGUUGCUGGAGGCAAUGGUGAAGGAUCUGCACUUGAUCAAUUAUUAGGUCCCACUGGACUCUUUGUUGAUGACAAUCAAACUAUUUAUGUCGCAGAUAAUUUUAAUCAUCGUGUGACUAAAUGGAAUCGUGGCGCUUCAAGUGGUGAGCUAGUUGCAGGUGGAAAAGGAGCGGGAGACCAAAACGAUCAAUUGAAUAAGCCAACUGAUAUUGUCGUUGAUAAAGAUGGAACCAUGUACAUUAGUGAUACAGGAAAUCAGCGUGUUCAGAAAUGGUCUCGCGGUGCUCAAAGUGGACAAACAAUUAUUGGAAAUAUUUCUGUAUAUGGCUUAGCACGAGAUGAUCGAGAAUCACUUUAUGCAUCUGACGAUGACAGAGAUGAAGUGAAAAGAUGGUGUGCUGGUGAGACAGUUGGACAAUUGAUCGCUUCUGAACUGAAGCAACCUCGUUUCCUGUUUGUUGAUCAGAAUCGAUCUGUCUAUGUAGUUGAACAGGAUCAUCAUCGAGUAAUAAAAUUAGAUGAAGGAACAACAGAUAUGUCGAUUGUUGCUGGUGGAUGGUAUGGUGAUGGUGACAACCAAUUAUCAUAUCCAACCGGUGUUAUUGUCGAUGCAUUGGGCACUGUCUAUGUAGCUGAUCACAGUAAUCACAGAAUAAUGCGCUGGGUACGUGACGCUAAAUUAGGCAGUGUUAUUGUUAAUGGUCAUGGCCUAACUGCAUCUGAGCAACUUUCUUAUCCCACUGAUUUAUCAUUCGACCUUGAUGGAAAUCUUUAUGUAGUGGAUUUCGGUGGCCAGCGUGUGCAAAAAUUUGUCAUUGAUAAAAGUUUGUGUUAA